UGUAUCGAGAGGGACACUCACCUAUCGAAUGGACCAUCCAUCCGAGGGUCCCGUCCACGGUUCCUUUCGUCGACAACCUACCUGUCACCUGAAAUCUGUCCCUGCAUCUUCGCCCAUCGUGGGAGUGGGACCCACACCUACCCGCGUGGCCUGUGCUUUCACACAUGUGCCAAGGCUUCGACGACAGGAGAGCUUUCUUCUGAAGGUAGGGAGGGUACUGGAAGAGAUCAGAUGCUCAAAGUAAACAUUCAAGUACUUGAUAAUGAUCUUCUGAAGAGUGAAAAGAGCAACAUUUGACCGCUUGUAAAGUUGCUACUUCGUACUGCAAAAAACGAAAUAGCCAUCACAAGCAGAUGCUCCCAAAGCCUUGGGGAGGAGGACAAGGCUCUCUCUAGUCGCUCACCGGGACUCCAAACAGGCGCGAUUGCGCCAAAAUAAAUUCAAUCUCACUUCGACGUGCUCUUCCCUAUGGUAUCUCCUCCUCUCGUCUUUUCACACCACCUUCCAUAGCAGACGCCGCACCAUCAUCCCAUCUGCCUUCUUGUAUCACACCCGACAUCCUUUGCGCCUGCCAAGUCUUCUUUUACCCCAGAGUGUGGAGCCUCUCCCCUGCGACGACCAGUCAGAUUCACCAUUUGCAAGCUGAAGCUGGAGCAUCCAAAUUAGCUCCCGCCUGCCACUUUCCCCAGAUCUUCAACACUAGAUGCCCUCACUGUCCAACACAACAACACGACAUCGACGGCCACAGAACUCUCCCUCCGACCUCACCUCUGCCAGGCUUUGCCCUUCUAUAGCCCCAAUGAAGCACCGGCCCACAUUGCACAACAAUGCCAAUGCCAGUCCCAAUGCCAAACAACAGGCCAUUGAUUCCUGCUACGCCUAGCAAGAAUGACAAGGUCAAUGAAACAGUCAUGGGCCUCAAUUUUAUGUAUGGCCUCAGCAUACAGGUCCCCGAUGUCUCUCCCACCAGAGCCGCCGGCCACGAAACGGAAGAAGCUGCACGCCAUCGUCGUAUCAUCUCGGCCAUCCGCUUUCUCUGCUACAAAGACAACGAAGCUUUGGAGCAUAUAUUCCAUGAUUUUUUUUAUCAGGCAAAGUCCGCCAGCCAGCAAUGGGUCCACAAGCCACGGGCAGAUUCAGCAACCCUGCCCUCGUCUCAAGAUUUACCCCCAAAAGCCGUCCACCCCUGGGAACGAGCCCAACUCGAGCAAAUUCUGUGCAAUCUUCUUGCGGAACGUCAAAGCACUUUGCUGAGGGCACAGACCUUGACUCCCACGGCAUCCAGAUCCUUCGCUCGAUCCCGUAGCGAUGCUGCUGCUACCGCAGGAAUAUACCAGGCCGUUCACGAUGUGAGACCAAGGUCACCCUCUUCUGCUGGCUCUGCGAAGCGCCGUUCGGAUGACGAAGAUUAUCCAGUUCGAAGCAGCAAGAAGCCACGGGAUCAAGCUUUUGCUCCUCCAUCACUGGGUCGUUCAUCAUCCACUCCUGUCUCGGCUGUCCCCUUCUCCAAACUCUUGGAUACCGUACCGACUCGUCAGCGUUUGAAUGGGGCAGUAGUGCUCGAGACAAGCCGAAGGAACAACCACGCCAAAUCGACAAACUGGUCACAGCAACCGUCUUUUGAGAUUGACCAAAGUUCGAGUUACUGGAAGACGGAUCAAAACAGCCUUUCAAGCCAUACAACGGCGGUGAACGAAUCCCAACCGCUCAGGACCAGCCACUACACAGCCAUUAAGAAGGAGGAUGUUGGUGUAGCGGAGGUGGUAACGAUGACAGUCCCAUUCCGGCUUUCACAAAACAGUGUUUCUCGGCUAUCUCAACCUUCAGUCAUCUCAAAAUUCAACUGCACUCAGCAACGGGCCGGUGUUCAUGACGAGCUUUGCGAAGGGCAGAAUCGAGCCGCAUAUCACUUUCUUCAACAGGACACAACCAAGCGGCUCUUGUUUCCCCCAAGCAAUGGAGCCCCAAUAUCAAAUAAGCCCCAAGUUGCGCCAGCAGAGGUCGUAGAUUUGACCAACGAUUUCGAUACCGACUUUUCAGAAGACGUUAGGGAUGCGGUGGAGGCCGAGUACGAAAUCGAGCACCUUGGAACACGGCUGCAGCCGACGCCCACCCACACGCCUCACAAGCUACCGGUCUUGCCACCGCCUUACCGUCAGCGUACACAACACCAUGCACAACAUCACCACCACCAGCCACAACAACAGCAGCAACAACAGGUCCAACAGAUCGAGCAACUCCCGCCACGUAAGCAAGCCACACAGCCCCCCAGGGCACCAAAAGCAGCACUGGCAAGUUUGGCCACGAUUCGGACGCGACUGGAGCACACCUGGCCAAGAUUUCCGACCUGGUUAGCGGAUGCCCCUCUGGCAGUGGCAUGGGAAGUGACGAGGAUCCUUCACCAUUGCAACGUGGACCCAGAACACGAAUCCCUCGUUUAUCUACCCGAGUGGGCAACAUCGGAUAUCACCGACAUUCGAAGCAGCUUGUACCGACUCGACAUCUUUCGAGGCAAGACCUUUCCAGAACGCCCGCCUUCGGAUGUUUUUGCUGCCGCGUUGAACAAUUUCGAGCUCAACGGAAGUAUUGUUCUUAUGUCCAUCAGUCUGGACUUCAAUCCAGACAAGGAUAAGCAAGCGCCCCUAUUUUUUGUUGAUAUGAAACCCCUGCGACUUGACCAAGGGUGUAGGCUAACGCGUCGGUUUGGCGCUGACCGGUUCCUCGAGGUUCUUCUGUCGUCACCUACUGCUAGCUCGGCUCCUGAUCUGAUCAAGAAUGCCGAGCCACACGGUGCUGAAGAGGUCAUUAAAUGGCUUACUAGCAGUGCUCAUAGCCUGGUUGGACGGCACUGGAGAGCUUUCUUCGCCAAGGAUGCCGGGUUCCGCAGGCCCAUCAAAGAAUACAGCCUGGCGCCUGAAGAGAAGACCAAAAUUGUUUCCAAAGAGCGGCUGCACUUUUUUGCUGAGACAGGAACCAACUUCCAACGGGCCAAGGCAUUGACGGUGCCCCCCCUCAAUGAGCCCAUGGGUCGCCACACUGAUUGUACAGUGAGCCAGAUGCUGAACUGGCUACUCAACCUGGACGAGCCCAAGAAUCAGUCACAGCCGCAUCUCAAGCUUUUCUCUCGCAUCCAGCUGGGAUUAAGCAAAACCUUCCCAACCGUCAUUUUCAGCGCUUCCCAGAUUUUUGUUCAGCCGCAAGACAUGCUGUCACCGAUUGGCAAGGUCAUGAACGACGGCGUCGGACGCAUGUCACGAACGGUGGCUCGAAAAAUCAGAGACAUCAUGGGUCUCACAGAGAUCCCCUCGGCAGUUCAGGGCCGCAUCGGUUCCGCCAAAGGAAUGUGGAUUAUGGAUGUACUUGAUACAGGCGACGAAGAAUGGAUCGAGACAUGGCUGUCGCAACGGAAGUGGGAAUGUGACCCUCAGACGGUCGACAUCCACCAACGAACUCUCGAAAUACGGGCGUACGCAACUGAACUCAAAUCGGCUGGUUUGAAUCUGCAGUUCCUCCCCGUCUUGGAGGAUAGAGCCAAAGACAAGGCUCAGAUGAAGCGUGCCAUAGGCGCACGUCUCACCAAUGAUCUCAAAAAGGAGUUUGACGACCAAAAGGCUGCUUUCAAGCAUCCUCUCCUGCUACGUCAGUGGUUGCAUGAGAACUGGAGUGGACGGGCAGACAGAGUAAAGAACGGAGAGGUGGCCUUUCUGGGAGGCCUGCCCGAGAAAAAGGAAGAAGUUCUGAAUCUGUUGCUCAGCAGUGGAUUUGAUCCCAAGCACCAAAAGUACAUUCAAGACAUUGCGUGGGAACUCCAGAAGCAAAAGUGCGAUAUCUUGAGCACAAAGCUCAACAUCAAGGUGGGCCGAUCGGCCUACAUCUACAUGGUCGUUGACUUUUGGGGAGUCCUGGAGGAGGGGGAAGUCCAUGUCGGUUUCUCUUCCAAGUUCAGGGACGACGCCGAUGACACCUCCUAUACCCUUCUCUCCGAUUGUGAUGUUCUUGUCGCCCGGUCUCCUGCCCACUUUGCCAGUGACGUGCAAAGGGUGCGAGCUGUCUUCAAACCACAGUUGCACGCCUUGAAGGACGUCAUUGUCUUCUCGUCAAAAGGGAACGUUCCACUCGCCGAAAAGCUUUCUGGUGGAGACUACGACGGUGACAUGGCUUGGGUUUGUUGGGAUCCUCUGAUCGUGGAAAACUUCGUCAACGCAGUGGUGCCAGAAGAGCCGGAUCUGUCGGCAUAUUUGGGAAAAGACAAGACCACCUUUUCCGAUCUCAUGUUGGCGACGGGUGAACAGAGCCCAGAUGCUGCCGUGUACGACAUGAUUGAGAAAAGCUUUCAGUUUUCGAUGCAGCCCAACUUUCUGGGCAUGUGCACAAACUACAAAGAGAAGCUUUGCUAUCACAACAACAGCGUUGGAGAUGAGACUGCCAUCUGGCUCGGCGCCCUCGUGGGGAAAUUGGUCGACCAAAGCAAACAGGGUAUUCUUUUCGACAAAGGCAGCUGGGAGCGUCUGCGAAAGGAGAAGUUUGGCCCACACAACAUGCAGCCUCCAGACCCGGCAUACAAAGGCGACCACUGGAGCGGACGGGACGAACCACGGCACAUCAUCGACUACCUCAAGUUUUUCAUCGCCAAACCGGCCAUUAGUCGUGAAAUGGACGCCCUGAGCAAGUUGAUCAACUCCCGUGGCACCGACACCCUUGCCAAUAGCAACUCAGCGGCACAUUAUUGGGAUCCAGAUCUUGUUAGCUACUUCAAAAGCUUUGAAGAGGCAGGCCAGGGUUCCAAGACAAUCCGCGGCAUACUCCAGUGGCUGAAGAACGAUAUUUCGCAAUUGGAGAAGGACUGGAAGACAAGCAUGGCCAAAGGCAAGGGCCGUAACUCCAAGUUCUCGUACCCAGAAACCGUCACUCAAAUCUUUGGAGGGUGGAACGUCAUCCAACCGCGAACAUCCGAGUCGAUGCCCCUCAAACUAGACCCUAAGACGGCCUUGCUUUUUGGUGGUAACGGCCCCUAUGACCCAUGGACUGUGCUCAAGGCCAGUGCGACUUUUAAGCAGUGCUACAAAAUGGCGCCCAAAUUUGCCUGGGCAAUGGCUGGUAGACAACUGGCGUAUAUCAAGGCACUGAACUUGGGAUCAUCUCAAAUUCCCCUCGUCCUCACGCCGCUCAUGUAUGCGGGACUCAAUGCAGAUGGUAAAUUUGUCAAGCAGUUUGUGGCUCGACUCGAGCAUGACGGGACUCAGUAUGGCGAGAUGGAAGAUAGGGAUUCGGACUGGGAUGAAGACUAG